UUAUAAGUUUGGUUGUCCAUGUGGGUUUAUCGAAGAUCGUGUAUCAUUCAUUCAACUAAAGUUUGAGUAGCGGCCAACUUUGUGCGCGUGAGUGGAUAAGAACAGUUGCAAAAUGUUGACAACUCGUGGGAAGGGGAGAGAGAGUGAGUGGGAGUGAACGAGAGGGAGAGAAGAGCAGGGUAAAAGAGGGAGCCACUUGUCCACAAGGACUUUAGAAUACUUGGCACUAUUUACCUCAGUAGCCAUGGGGUCUCUAACGGGACCCUCGUGUCUGCUUCUGUUUUUCAUGGUGACCCUCCAGAUCCCGUACCUCACCCACGCGAAUAGGAUAAUCACGGAGAAACCGGGCCGCGCUGAUUCAUCUGAGAGCGGGCUUGGGUUGAAGGAGCAUUUUCUGAUUGUUACACAGCACAAUAGGCUGCGCAGCUGGGUCACCCCCAUGGCCGCUAACAUGCAAAAAAUGAACUGGAGUGAGAAGCUGGUUCUACUUGCCCAGGAGAGGGCGGAGUCUUGCCACACAGACCCCUCUCCUCAGGACCAACAGCUCCGCCACAUUGGCUGGAACACCCAUCACUCAGCCCAUGCCACAAUUUCAUUUGCUAAUGUCAUUGACUCAUGGUUCGAGGAAGGGCGGGACUACAUGUACCUGAGUGGGCAAUGCAGAGAGAAUGCUACCUGCCAACACUACACACAGUUGGUGUGGGCCACCUCCAGUAAUGUGGGCUGUGCCAGACAGUUGUGUCUGAGGGGUGAUGCUCUCUGGGAGCUGUUUGUCUGUGCAUACUCCCCUGGGGGUAACUGGGAGGUGAAUGGGAGGUUGGUGGUGCCCUAUGUGGCUGGUUUCUCCUGUUCUCUCUGCACCUCUUCCAUGUCAGGCUGCUUCAGACUGUGGGACCAUGUGGGAGGACUGUGUGAGACCCCCAGGAACCCAUGUCGUAUGAGCUGUGGGCAGCAUGGUCGUCUGAACAUCUCCUCCUGCCAGUGUCAUUGUGGACCUAGGUUCACCGGACGAUUCUGUCAGGUGCGCUGCAGUGUGAAGUGUGUGCACGGCCACUACAAGGAAGAGGAGUGCUCCUGCAAGUGUGAUGUUGGUUAUGGGGGUGCUGAGUGUGCAGAGAAGCAGCAGUUUCCCUUCCACAGCUGUGACGUGAGGAUAGAUGGAGAGUGCUUCAUGGUGUCUCCAGAGGUCAACACCUACUAUGGAGCCAAGACCCGCUGUCAGGAGCGAGGGGGGAUUCUGGCCCAGAUCCACAACCAGAAGGUUCAGGACAUCCUGGCAUUUUACCUCAGCCAGCUGGAGACCAGCAACGAGGUCACAGACCCCGACUUUGAGACACACAACUUCUGGAUCGGGCUGACAUAUAAACCUCUGAAGGACUCUUUCCGCUGGAACUCAGGAGAAAACCCCACAUACAGCAGCUUCGCCUUUGGACAGCCUGACAACCAGGGCUUUGGGAACUGUGUGGAGCUGCAGGCAUCCAGCGCCUUCAACUGGAACGACCAGCGCUGUAAAACACGCAACCGAUACAUCUGCCAGUACGCUCCAGAGCACGUUGCCCUGUGGGAGGUUGGCCGGUGAUGAACCCGGCACUCAAGGGUGGAGAGCACAGCAUUGGAGGGGCUGGGGAGGCGGGUCGUUUGGGCCGUUCGUUAGACCCGGUCUGGGUGUGUGUCAAGCAGAAGCUGGUCUUAUUGGUCUUAUUUCAUCCAGUGUUUUUCACGCCAACACAUAUUGCACAUAUCCCCUGUUGCUGGUCAGGACUGGGCCUGUCUAACCAGUGCAGGAAAAAAGCACACAAUGGGAGAACUUCCAAAGCAACAUAGAGUUUGAGCUCAACUGUAGAUGGUCCAUGGCAGCACAAAUCUGUGUUUUGUACUAUACUGUUUUUUGUAUUGCAUAUUCUUUUCUCAGACUUAGCUAAAUUAUGAUUCAUUUGUGAUGUUUGCCAUAACUGCCUCCCUGCAUUGUCAGUUUGAUUGUACAAUUCUCCCUGAAUGUACAGUACCAUGACAACCACUAUUCUUGUUUUCUCAAUCAUCCAGUAAGUUAAUUAAAACAGUUUGCUACAAUGUGUUGUGGGGUAUU